AUGAAGCUGAUGUUGAACCUGAAAACGGGUUUUGAACAGCGUCUCACCACGUGGAAAAGCCUGGACGACCCUUCUCCUGGAGACUAUGUCCUCGAGUUAAACAACACUCAGGGUCUCUCUCAGUAUGAAGUGGUGCAAGGGCAUGUGCAUAGCAAAAAAAAUCGAACGGGGCAAUGGAACGGAGUCCAAUUUGUUGGCUCCCCCAUUGUUCCAAGUCCACCUGCAGUGCCUGUGUUUGUGUACACUGAAAGUGAGAUCUCCUUCAUGUUUGAGGUUCAGGAAAGGCAGCUUUUCUCGGUAGCAAAACUAAACUAUUUGGGAGUGCUGCAGCUUUUAUUGGUGAAUAGAUCUAGAAGCGCCACGUGGAAUGCCAUGAUUGAGUUCCCUAGUGAUCCUUGCGAUAUUUAUGGCAGGUGCGGUGCUAAUGCCAUCUGCAACGGUAGUUUGUGUGAAUGUGUGAUAGGGUUCAUGCCUAAGUCGCCUGACGAAUGGACGGUCCUUAAUUUUUCCAGCGGAUGCAAGAGGACAAUACCCCUGAAUUGUUCAAAAGGAGAAGGAUUCUGGGAAAUUGAAAAUGUUAAACUGCCUGACCAGUUGGAGGUAAUGCUGUACAGGAGUAUGAGCCUCGAUGAAUGCAAGGACAAGAGCUUGAAGAAUUGUUCGUGCACGGCUUAUGCUAUUUUAGAUAUAAGAGGACGAGGCAUUGGCUGCCUCAUGUGGUUCGGGGACUUGAUUGACAUGAGAGUGCUCGAAGAAGGGAACCACGUGCAAACUCUAUACCUACGCCAAUCAGCAUCUAAAUUCGAUGCCAUUCGUGACCGCACCAGGAGGAAAAUAAUAUUAGUAACUAUCAUAUUGAGUUAUAUCAUUGGUGGAUUGCUUUUAGUCGGAACUGCAUUAUGGGGUGUUACGCACAAGAAAAGGAGAAUCAGGACUGGAGGGAAAUCUUUAGACAGGACAGUUAGUAGCAGUAAAGAGGCUAUCAAAGAGUUCAGGGCAAGUGGCUACAUGGCCCCUGAAUAUGCUAUGGAUGGGAAAUUCUCUUUGAAGUCAGACAUAUAUAGCUUUGGUGUGCUCCUAUUGGAGAUAGUUAGCGGCAAAAGGAAUAGAGGAUUUUCCCAUCCAAGUCAUCACCACAACCUUCUCGGUCAUGUGUGGUUGCUUUGGAGUAAAGGUAGGGCCUUGGAGACAAUGGAGGAAGGCAUGCACAGCUCAUUUGACAGAACCCAAGUGGAAAGCCACUAUGAAGCUUGGGUCGAACUCGAAAAUGGGUCGGCAUCUAAAUGCAUGGAAAAGCGUGGACGACCUUCUUUUGGAGACUAUUUCUUUGGGUUAACUUACAGACAAGGUCUACCUCAGUCUGAACAAGUCCAAGUGGAUGUGCAUAGCAAAGUAUUUCAAACGGGGGAAUGGAAUGGAGUUCAAUUCUUUGAAGUUUCCUUUGCACCAAAUCGAAUUAUUGUGCUCACGUUCGUGUACAAUGAAACUGACAUCUCCUUCAUGUUUGAAGUUUGGAACAGUUCUUGUUGA